AUGCUUCCAAAGGUGGUCAUUCCCCUUCUGGUCGUCCUGAUCGCCCUUCUGACUCCAACCGUCGCUCAGUUCCGAUGCAGAGACAACACCAAUUGUCCGCCAGCUUACCCGCACUGUAUAAACGGCUGGUGCGAGCCUUUCCCUCCCCCUCCUAAGCCAAAGGUUCCUUGGUACCAGAAACUUCCCUGGGUCAAGCGUCCCCCUCCUCCGCCAAUCAAGGUAAUUUUUAGGCCAGACAAAGUAUUUUUUUUCUGGACGUAUUUCAACUUCCAAGGGCGGUGCAAAAAGUGGAGGCUUGAUAAUUUGAUGGAACUUUUCCGAUUAGUGCCCAAAAGCUGUAAAUUUAAGUUGGCGCCAAAAACCCAUCCUGAACUCUCAUCAAGAAUAUAGGAUUAUAUCAUUAAAAAUGACAAUUUUAUUUAACUUCAACUGAAAUGUGACCAGGAUUUUCUAAAAAGGUCCUUCUCAGCAGAGUUUCAUCAAAUUAUCAACCUUCAACACUUUCUUAUAUAUGAUUUCUUGGAAGACAAAACUCGAUUACAGCAAUGCGAACAAGAUUACCAUUGUCCGGACUGGCGCCCACGCUGCAUCAAUAAUCAAUGCAUGCCACGUGUGACAUGGGAAACUUGGUCUUGAACUAUUUUCGGUAAAAGAAUGAAAAUUGAUAAAGUUUGUUACUAGAUGUCCAUUCUACUUUGUUCACAGGAAGAAAAAAGUAGUAAAGUCAAUCCUUCCUUUCUUGAAAGGCGAGAGGAACGAGGUCAAACGCGUUCCAUCUUUUUUUAAUAUCUCUCCUUUUGAUAGUUUUUUUAAAUAAUUUUUCAAUUCGACAUGUCUUUGACACGAUUAGAUGAACGAAUAAGUGUAUAAAACUAAUAAUAAACUUAAUCUUUCUACAUGUCUUUCAUGAUUACGUUUGAUCACAAGUUUCACGCCGAAAAGCCGCGUCGCACACGCAACGCUUCGCCCUUGCCAAUCUAACCAUCGCUUUUCAAGUCGGGAAAAAAUUGAUGGGAGUUGCGUUCGGAUGUUUGAAUAUUGAAUAUUUAUUUCACUCUGAUACAUAAAUGUUGCGGAGACAAACACUAUGGAAUUCAACUGUAAUUCGAAAAUGGGAGAAAUUUUCCUAUUUUCAUUUAUUUUUUGGUUUUCUCGACUUAUUAAUCUUUUGGCUCGUUCUCAGUUCCAGGAAAAUUUGUAUAAAAAAAGAAUCAUUUUUUAGAGAAAAACUCCAGUUGAAGAUUUAAAAAAACCUUCAAACCUAGUUAUUAUUUAUCAAGAAGAAUAGUUUGGUAGAAACAGGGCGCAACAGGUUGUGUGCCUGUCUGCGGUCCACAGGGUCAUAAGUUCGAUCCCAACCAAGGGCUUUAAGAAAUGUUGGUAGUGGGAAACCACGGUUUUAAAAUUCCAAGCCGUCACACACAAGGACGGCUAGGUCACUAGAGUCAGUCCAAUGAUUAUCAGGAUAGGUAGGGACCACAGACCUACUUUUUCGAACUCAAGCUAAAUCCUCGUUUUUUUGUUAUAAAAAAAUAAUUAUUGUAGUAUGCAAAAAAACAGAAAAAGAAAAAAACGAAAAAAAUAUUAGGAGUAGGAGGAGAAAACAGUAUUUAAAAGUAAUCGAAAAGCAAAAUUUUGCGUACUGAAAAUUUGAUUUUGCGAAUUCUCAUGCAAUCUGCGCGCACUCUUAUUUGCAAGGGCGGCACGGUUCCAUGAGCCAAAGAAAGAAGGUUUUACGAGCUUUUUUUAAUCGUUUUCAAGGAUUUAGCAUUCUAAUUUUGACUGUUUUCGAAGUGAUCUAUCAGCUUUACCGGUAACAUGAAUUUGGAAUAAUUGAAAAUGGAAAAAGUUGAGUAUAUCUUUAAAUUGAAUUUAUUUUUCGUGUUAUUUCUUUUUAUUCAUUCCGUUAUACUUUCAGAAAUUUGUACCAAAGCUUGAAGCGCAGUAUAUCUGAAAACGAUGAAGAACAACCCUGUGAUAAAGUGAAUGAACACUAUAACUUGGUACAUUUUUCAGAUUUCCCUCUCAUUUCUUUGGGAUUCGGAGAAAAAAUUAUAUUUUUACAUUUAUUUUAUUUUACAAGCGACUUAAGGAUUUUCACAACGGAUGGAACGAGUUGCAGUAACUAACACUUAUUAGGAGAAAUAAAAGAAUGAAGAAUUCCUGUCAUGCGGCCUCAUUUCGCUUCAAUUUCAGUCUUUUUUUUUCUUUUUUCAAUAAAAAUAAACAUGACACCAAUUGAUGUGCGUUCUAAACGAACAUCAAGCUAGUUUUGAGUCGUAAAAUGCCGAGGCCCUAUCCUUAGUGCUUCAAGUGCUUCUCGGACUGUUUUCUGACUUUUUAUGGGCCUCAGGAACCAACUCGAGCUCGUUAGAAUUGAUCAGGUUUCUCAAGAACUUUAGUUUCCCAGAAGGCAAUCUGGAAUCGUUUAUUGUUUGGUGGGAGUUUGAGAAUGAAAGUUGUAUUCAAUAUGAAUUCGAUCAGGCCUUGGGAUUUGGGAAUCGAUUCCUAGGAGUUUUUCGAGAACUAUAUACUCCCAGAAGGCAAUCUGGAAGCGUUUAUUGUUUGAUGUGGACCUUCUGAUAACAUCUCUUCAAAACCUGUAGUCUGAAGAUGGAAAUAGUAUUGGAUCUUCAUUGGUUAAGGUCUUGGAAGCUCGAAAAUUGAUUCGAAAUUGAAGAAAUGUAGCAUCUCAUGAGAUUACUUGAACUAUUUUCUUUUUAUCAUGAAAGUUUAAAAUAAAGUAUUUUUUUCCCAAGAUGGAAAUGAGGUUGAAUCUGAACGAUAAUGUUAAAAAAACUUGACCACACUUUUUUUCUCUUCGUUUCUUUUUUUCUCAUGUUUGACCUAUUGGAUUUGUUAAAAAAAUUUUUUUAGUCUGUCAAAGUUUCCGAAAGUAAGAAAAAUUUCUAUUCUACCUUUCAAAGGCGUAAAUUAACUCUAAACGCUCUAGUGAUCACUGAGGCGUCAAAUAGAGCUAACUUGAGGGGUUCCUUUAAAGGCUACUUGAACUUUUUUUCGUACACAUCUAGCUCUUUUUUUUUCAUAGAUACUUUUUUUUGAAGUUGAAAAAAGAUAUUAUUGAAGUAGAUUCUAUAAUAAUCACUAUAAAGAGCACUCUGAAUGCUCUAGGGACCACUAACAGGUCACUUCUGAAAGAUUCUUCAAGUGACCACUUGAGUCAUUUUUCUGACUUUCUCGUAACCCACUUCCAAAACGAUUGAUCUCCCAAGAAGAAGAAGGAAAAUUCUUCCUUUCUCAGUGAGGGAAUAUUUGUGUGGAUCCGGAAGGCCUCCCCGACUGAACUAAUGCAAUCAGUGGGAAAUGCUCUCUUCUACUAACCAACUUCCAAAAAAAAGGAAACUAGUGCAAAAAUGGCCACAAUUCAAGCCCGUUCUCUUGGUUUUUUGCUCUUCUCGUGCUGGAAUUAUGGCUUUUUAAGAAGUAUUUGACUUGUAAAUUCCUGAAAAUGUUUACGAAAUUGAUGAAAAGGCUACUCUAUACCAUUUUCCUUGAAGAUCUCAUUUUCUCGAUUUUUUUCAAAAUCCAUUUUUCCAAUUUUCGCCCCCAUAAAUUUAUUGUUGCAAAGACUAACGCAUUAAGCUUUUUUUUUUGCGGAUUAUCUUUUUUAUUAAUUUUUUUUCUCAUUUUUAAGCUAUUUUCGAUAAUCCGUUAUCACUGAAUUUGAAGAAUAAAUGUCAAAAAUGAGCAAAAAAGAGGUUUUUUCGCUGUAGUUUUUGAAAAAAUUUAGCUUUUUCAGAAAAGUUUUCCGCUAUCUUAUUGUUUUUGAGUAUUUUGAAAAAAUGUAUUAAUUAUUUUCCCGUUUCAUAUUCAGUUUUUGGUUUUUUUCCACGAAGCUGUACCUUAUUUUUGAAGUUUUUUCGAGCUUCUCGAUUUUUGGAAGUUUUUUCUUGUCUUGGAGUGAAUUUUGAGCGUUGAAGAAUAUUGAGUACAUAUUUUUCAAAGCGAAAUGUUUGAAUUUUUGAAUUUUUUUGAUCUAUAAUUUUUUUGACAAGAUCAUUUUUUUGAUCUAUGAAAAGAUUUGUACUUUUUGGGUCAUUUUUUUCAUUUUUCCUCAAAUAUUGCCUUUUUUUAAGGGCUUCUAUGAGCUUUAAAAAUUAAGAUUUGUACAGGAGUUCGGAUUUUUUUAAUGAUAUAAGUAUUAAAAAUUUUUUUUUGUGAUCGUGUUCGUGUUGUGUUACCCUCUUUCAUUGGAUUUUUUUGAGUUCUCUUUUUUUCUGUUUAAAAAGUAUCGAUUUUUCCAGGUGGUCGACAUCUUUUCCUUGGAUCCGGCACCACAAUCAGAGACCGCCCUGGAGGACGACUUCAAAAUGGCGCGCACCGAGAGUGCUUGCCGGUUCGCUUUCCUGUUUCAACUUUUAUUCUUGAACAAAAGUCGUUUCAAAAUGUCAUUCAGAUGGUUUAUUCAAAAUUUAUGCGAAAUCUUGUUAAUUUUGCAAUUUUUUUUUCAUUAUAGAUUUUCUCCAGUGUUACGGUAAGAGGUUUUUGUGCAUUCGAGACUAUUUGAAGUUUUCGCAUGUUUUGCCCUGUUCAUUAAGCUGGUUCACGGCUGUCUUGAGCCAUCCGAAAAUGGGUCCUGACACGAUAAGAAAAGAGAUAGUGCCUGGUCGGUGGAGAGCGCAGACAGGCCACGCCCCCUUAGCGUCCCAAGUUAGCCGUGAAUCGACUAUAGUAAUUUCCGCGAACUUCAGAAAAACCGUCAGAGAGGGGAAAAGAUAACUAAAAGUUGGAGAAUCAGAGAUAAUUUUGCUUUUCGCGAACACGACAUUAGAGAUCGUACAAAAACGAGAGGGCGUGGGGUUUUUCUUUCUCUGAACGCCCUCUUGUUUACCAGUGCUCUCUAACUUGUGGGCUCGUAGAAACGAUUUUUGGCGGAAAAAAUGAAUUUUAUGGUCUGCGAAAUCUUUAGAAACUCGUCAAUUUCACGUCUUUUUCCCUUUUUCAAAUUUAAGAAAAGUAACUUUUUUUAGCUUUCCUAGUUUAAAAAGUACUAAAGGAAAGGUAUGAAGAAAAAACGGAAUUUUUUUUGUUUUUGUUUUUUAUAUUUUGCAAAAUAUACGUUUUUUUAUAAUUUUUGAAAUGGCAAAAAGCGGAGACUUUUUCGAAUUUUUUUGGAGCAAGAUUCAAAUGAUAACUUUUUCUCUGCUGCAUUUAAUAAUUCGAUUUCCAACCAAUUUUUGAAAAAAACAAAAAAUACGUCACCCGACAAAAAUCAACCUAAUUUACUUAACACGACCGUGAAAAACAAAUGACGGGGAAAGAUCAACUUUUUUUUUUUGAAGACCGGUUAUGAAUUUUGCGAAGGUUGGAAAUAUCUAACGAAAGAAUUUUUAGGUUUUUCGAAAGAAAAUCUCAAAAAUGUGAGAAUAUUGGGAGAUUUCAGCCUGAAACUGCUCCGAGCCGAAGUUCCGCCGGAUCAUCUACCGGCUGGAUGUUCACCGACGGAUCUCCAACCAGCCGUCAACGUCAAGGAGAAGAUCGAAGUCAAUGGUGAAUAAUCAUUUUGUCACUUUUCUACGGAUGCCUAUAUUUUAUCACUUCAAAAAUGGGCAAAAUAUUGAAAUUAUACCUAAAAUAAGCAAAAUUUCUUCCUUUUCUGGGCCCUCCACGGGAAUUUUUCCAUUUUUUUUUUGUGUAGGCGCAAGGUUUUUGACUCAAAAAGGAGAUUCUUAAGGAGCAAUGGACUUGACUAUUUCUUCUUUAAGUUCCAGGGAAGUUGAUAAUAUUUAUUUGGAAGUUUCAGGCGAAUCUCGUCUGGUACAGAAGAAGAAGACUCUGUACCCGGAAUGGGACAAGUGUUGGGACACGGCGGUCACAGACGGCCGAAUCCUACAGAUUGUCCUCAUGCUCAACAACACGCCGGUCGUUGAGGCCACCAUGCGGCUUGAGGUAGGCCUUUUUCUUCUUGACUUUCAGUAAGUUAGGUAAAAAAAUCUUCGAAUAAACUUGUCCGGUCAAAUAGCUGAAUUUCUCCCAUUUUUGGGACUUCUAAACUUGAAAAAAUAGUAGUUAAACUUGAAAAACUACGACGUUAUCAUCAUUUUUAGCUUUUGAAAUUCGAGGUCCUAGAAAAGCUGAUUCUAAUUCCAUGAAGGAUUUUUCAAAUCCUUCGGAAACAGUUUUUUUUCUAUAUACUGGGAAAUAUUUUCAGUGGCCACCAUAGGGUUUUGACGUUUUAGUGGCCAGUAUAGUAGUAAAAUUAGUGGCCACUCAAGGGGUUAAAAGUUAGUGGUCACUAUAGAGUUCAAAGUGCUAAUACUAGACCACUUAAAAUUUUAGUGGCCACUUUAAGGGUCGAUGGAUCAACAUAACUGGUCCAAUCUGUCUGUUUUAAAAUUAUCAGAGUUACUGGAAGGAAUACUGGAUAAAAACUACUGAAGUGGCCACUAAAUAGAGAAAACUAUAGCGGCCACUAAAACGGAAAAUAGUGGUCACUUUAGUGUCCUCUCAAAGUAGUCCUUGGUGAGCCUCUAUAGUGGCCACUAAAAAUUUUCCCAGUACUAUUCGCCACGACUCGAAAUUGUCUAACCUGUCUGCGCUCUCUUUUCUCUCGCCGAUGAUGUCAGAGAAAUAUUAAAAUAUCACGUAAACACGAGAGCAUUGUUUAGAUGAAGAGAGUGCAGAGAAACACGAUUUUUUUUCAACUUUGUGACACUAAAUUUCAGACAAAAACGUGUCUCAGAAAAGGAUCGUUUCAAUUUUAUCGAUUGGAAGGAUUGGUGAGAGAAAAGAGAGUGCAGAGAAACAAGCUUUUAUUUAAAUUUUACGGAUGAAAAGUACCCAGAAACUUGAAAAAAUACGAAUUAUAUAGUGUAGAGAAGGGUAUCUUCCUCGAUAAAAUCAUCCUUUUACUCGAAGAGAGAAAAAGAGAGCGCAAAGGUGUCAGAUUUUUUUGAGAUUUUCGGAAUGAAAUGUACCCCUAAAUUUAUUAGAAAAACCAAUUAUAUACUGUAGAGAAGGGCAUCUUCGUGUAGUAACCCAAGAAAAUCAUCAUUUUCAUCAGUUUUGAUGACAAUUUCCGUAUAUAUUUCUUGUUGUGAAAUCAUCUUUUUUUGUUAUCAUUGAUAACCUUUGUGUGGCCUGCCGUACAGUAGAAACAUGUGGGUGAGGAUGACAUUUUUUAUUAUUACAUUAUUUUUUCUGAAGUAACUUAAUUUGGAGCUUAUUUUGAAUUUUUGAACUUUCGAUUUCGCUCUCCAACAUGUGAAAAAUCAAAAAAACAAAAAAAAUUCAAACAUCAAUUUUUUUCGUUUUUUUAGGUGAAUAUCCAUGUCGAAAUCCAAUUGUAGAAGUUUAUUUCACUUGAAAUACAGUCCAUCAUGCGUGUAAAACAUCCCGGGGGCAUUUGGAAUGGCCAGAAACGUUUUGGUUCAAGCCGUUUUGAGUCGGGCGCAUUUUUAGCCAUUCCCCAUGCGACCAACUUUUUUUUUCAAUGAGCAACUUGAAACUCUAGAACACUUUAGUUUGGGAGGAACCUUUUUUCUCCAUUUUUUGCCUCUUCUCCGAUUUUUUCCGCUGUUUACCUUUGCACUACACGAAACUAGGAAAGAGGCAAUUUUCCAAAUUGUGAAUAUUUAUUCGUUUUUUUUCCUUUUUCAAUAAUUCAAAAAGGUUGCAAGCUCUCUUUUUCACGGCUGAAAAUGCGCUUUUUCAAUCUUCAUGACCAAUUUUCAACUUUUUGAAAGAAAAAAAAAACGCUUGUGGAGGUCUUUUCAGCUUUUUUCUUUGACGUGGUUUUUGAAGAAAGGGAUUUUUGAAGUGGCUGACUCUUGAUUUUUCAGUUGAGAGAUUUUGAAACUUUAAAGAAGAAAAAACUGCUUUGAAAUAAAAUUUUCGACAUUGAAAAAAUGAAUUGAGAAAAAAAGACGAAUUUCGCAUUAGAGCGCAUCAGAUCAUACAAAAAAAGGGCUUCUGAUUGUUGUUAAAUGUUAAUUGCGGUUUCCGAGCUGUUUUCUGAUUUUUAAGAGUGAAAAAUUGAUAUAAUUCGCAUUAGAGCGCAGAAGGUUUACCGAUAUGAGCCUUUAAUUAAAUUUUUUUGCCUUUUUUUAAAUGUUUUUCAACAAUUUUCACUCUAAAUCCAAGGUCACAAGCCCAUGUUCCCAUUUUUUUCACAAUUCAAACACCAUAAAAAUUGUGAAACAACGAGUCGUCGCCGGAAAAAAACGACAAGAUAAAAAAUAGGCGCUACGGAAGUCGACAAAUUCACUUGGGGAUUCGCUCAGGAAGACCGAAUAUGUAUAUAUCGCAACGGGAAACGCUUCCCAAAAGAAGAAUAGGCCUUUUUUUUAUCUUGUUGGAAAGUUUAUUUGUUUGAUUUCGUGUUUUUCGAGCUUUUAAUGUUUCAAAAAUGAACUUGAACAGAGAUUUUGGAGCUGAUAUUGGUUAGAGGCUGUUUUUGGAGGACUUUUUGAGCUCUGAUGCGAAUUUGAAUGUUUUUUGACUUUUUAAGGUCCUAAAGAAACAUUUUUGAUUUUUUUUUAAAUCAAUAGGCUUUUUUUGAUAGACAAGGUGCGCUCUGAUGAGAAUUUACAAUUUUUUUCAAAUUUUAACGUCUUAGACCUUGGUAACGCAAAUCGGACGUGUCGGGGCAUUUCUAGUGACCACUUUAGUAGCCUCAGCACUCUUAAGUGAUCCCUAGAAUCGCCCAGAAACAUCAGGAGCACGUCCGUUUCGCGUUACCAAAGUCUGAGGUCAAUUAUUCAAAAAAAAAAAUCACAGUUUUCGGAAAAAGUCAACUUGAGGCGGAUUUUGAUGCGUUUUCUGCACUGAGAUGAUAAUUAUAUAUUCUUCUAUUUUUCAACGCCAGAUUUGUUCUAAAAAGCAAUAAUGUACUCUGAUGAGAAUUUCAUAUCUUUUUCAAGUUUUUAAAACCCGAAGUAGUAUUAUUUUUGCUAGUGAGGCUAUGUUGGAUAUGUUUUGUGCGCUCUGAUGCGAAUUUGUUUUUCCAAGUUGGGAUAUAUAUUUUUUUCAGACUUUCGUCAUUAAUAUGUUUCUAUUUCAAGAUGAUUUGAUUAGCUGAAUGAUGACGAGUAGAGAUGUUCUCAUUUUUAUCUUCGAAGAUAGUUUAUCAAAAGACUUUCUGAUUUCUUUUUUCCAGCUCUCGUUUCAUAGAAAUUGUAUAUUUUUAGAAGGAUUUUUUCAUAAAAUUUGAAUUUUUCUAACCCGUGGCUCAUAUUUGAAUUAAUAAUUGAUAGAUUCGCAGCGAAAAAAGGUAUGAGAAUCUUUCCCGGAGAUUGCUUCUAAAGUAUUAUAAAUUCUGAGAUGGAAGUAUUUUUUGGGUCUUUAGCAAAGCUUCCAGAAGUUGUCUGAGAAAAUAUAGCAUUCGAUGACUUAUUGAUAAAUUUCAAAAAAAGAGCGGAAAUGCGUCGCGUGCCUAAAUUUUGAGUGCGUCCGACGGAAAACUACUUUCGCUUCUUGGCAUCUUGUAGCAUAGGAGCAGGGGAAAUCGGUCAAGAUUAGGCGCAAAAUCUUUAUUUUUAACCAUGUCUACCUCCCUAAAAUCGAGUGAAAAUUACUUCUCGAAGCAGUUUUAGAGGAAUCGCUUCAGAUUCCUAAUCCAGUCAUUCAAAAUAUCCUCAAUUCCAAUCCAAACCAUCUCAUUCCUUCAAAAACCAAUUUCAAGCCAAAUAAAUCACGCUUAAACGCCUGCACAAGUUGAGUCCAUUAAAACGUUUGCUGGGAGAUUUUUGAAUUUUCAACCGGAAGCCUCCACGCGAUUUUCACCGCUCAAAGACGAUUUUUCUACGGAUAUUUUUCUUCGCCUUUUUUGCAAUGACGUACGUAGAUCACAGGCGAAUUUUCAAGUCUCCGCCCACUUUUUUUUGGACUUUCUUGGUGGCCAAAAUUUUUUGUUUAUGUGUUCAAUUUUUGCCGAAUCGGCUGGUCUUGAGAACGACGAUGUUGGUGAGAUUUUUUUUUUCCAUUUUUGGAAAAAUCGGUUGUACAGAUGGUUCUGAAAAAAGUGACUAUUUAAAUUUGAGCGAUUUGAGUAUAAAAUUUUGAAAAAGUUAAGUUCUAUAUGAAUCUUGGUUCAUGAGUUUGACGAAAAAAAUAAUAAAUGUAGUUUUUUUAAAAUUUUUUUCUUUUUAGAAUUUAAGAUCUUGAUCCUUUUUCGAUGUCUUUUAUUAGGGAAUUUCUAAACUCUCGGUUGAUUGAACUUCGCUCAAAUGUACUUCAGGACCUGAUUUCAAAACUAGAAAAAAAUUCUCGGAGUAUACUUUUUUGAUUUUUGGAGUUUUAUAGUUUGCAAAAUACGCAAAUUAUGACAAAAAAGCGCUAUUUCAAGUUUUUUUUUCAAGCGUCUUUAGUAAGUGAGAUUCAUACAGCUUUGUUGUGCACGAAAAAAAUAGUAUGCGAAAAAAAUAGAAAUUUUUAAUUAAAACUACUCUGAUUUCGUCUGCUGUUCGAAGUUUCAAAGUUGUCAAAAAUUUUUCAAAAGCGCUCCUUAUUUGGAAUUGGAGAGUAUGAUCUUUUGAUCUCAAAUCUUGACCCUAUCCCAGAACUUUUCUCAAUUCGACCAUCUCAAGAACAGGAGUUUUAAACGUUUUUGGCGUGGAGAAAAAUAAACGAAAGAAAAGAAGAGGAAAAUUUUCGUCGUCGAAUGCAAUGUUCAAUUUCGCCUCAGGGGUAAUAUGCGUCGGUUUUUCGAAGCGGGGGCGCGAAAAAAAAAACGAAAAAAAAGAACGUGAGGAUUCUUCUUUUUGGCAAGCAAACUUCGUCCUCGACGCCGUCGUUUUCCACUACUUUUCUCGUUCUUCUUCUUCUUCUUCUUUUCUUCGCCGUGUGUGCUCCCGUUUAUUUCCUUCAAUCCUCCUCCUAUUUGAAGGAAGAAGAAGAAGGAGAAAAAACGGCCCCGAGGAUGUGAAUUGAUGUGAAGCCUCCGAUGCUCUCCUUUCCCACUUCAAUUUUCUUCUUGUCCAGUUUUGUCAUGUUUGAUCUUCUUCUUAUCUUUAUCAGUCAUUCUAACUUUUGGCUUGAUGGUAGCUAAAUAUGGCAUUGAAGCGUUUGAAAAAAUUGAAAAUCCUCAUGAGAGCGCAAAAAAUUUGAAACUGUUGAGCUCAAUUGAUGAACUGGGCUCGAGACUUUUUCAUCAAGAAAAAUUGGAAAAAAAAGCCACAGAGAGAUGAUCUUGUGCGCUGUGUGGACAAGCCUGGACCUUGGCAAUUUUUCAUCAUUUUUUGUUAUUUUCCGACAUAAAAAUUAUCUAGUUUUUUCAUGUUUAUUUUGAUCUUCUUCUAAUUUUUAUCAGUAGUUCUGAUCUCAAACUUGAGAAUGAUUGUUUCAAACUUUUGAUUUUUCAAGCUUCAAUGGAUAAAUUAGGCUAGCCUUUUUCUUCAAGAAAAAUUGAAAAAAAAAGCCACAGAGAGAUGAUCUUGUGUUUUCUGUGGACAAGCCAGGACCUUAAAAAUUUUUCAUCAUUUUUCGUUAUUUUAUGACAUAACUUUCAUCUAGUUUUUGUCAUGUUUAUCUUGAUCUUCUUCUUAUCUUUAUCAGUCAUUCCAACUGUGUUCUUGAAAAUUCUUAUCACAAACUACGGAUUUUCAGGAGGCGUGGCUUGAUAUUUUCCCCUGAUUUUUUUAAAUAGACGAAAAAAACCGCUGAAUUAUAAAAAGACAGCAAGCUUCUGACAUUUUUUGCUUUACAACAAUUUUAAGAAGAAACCAGGACUUCAAUUCAAAGUUUACGAGAGAAAAGGAAACAAUUUACCCAUCCCGACUGGCCGAAACCAAUCUUUUUUGUGGGUGGGCGAAGGAGGGAGAAAAAUGCGAUUUGAGGUCAAUCUUGCCUAGAAAAUUUGUUUUUUUCUCCGUUCUUCUUCUUUUUUUUUGAGUAGGAAAGCUUUUUUUCUUUUUCUGUUGUUUUGUCGACUAAAAUACCUAAAUUCAUUGAAAAUAGCAAUUUUUCAUGAUGACGCUGGUGCAUGAAAUAACUUAAGAUAUGAUAAAUAAGUACUCCAAAACUUAUAAAUAGGUUAUUUGAAAGAGAAUAAGCCAGUGAUCCUUUUUUCAAUGAAAUAGAGAACACUUUGAACCAAAUUACGGGAAAGAGUGUCUUUUUUCGCUUAUUACGUUGAUUUCAUGAUCAUUUAGUUUUGAAGAAAGAAUUCGUUCACCUCCUUUUUCACAGAUAGUAUAAUCAAUAAGCGUUUUUUGAACUGGAAACCUGUAAUUUAACUUGAAAUAAGAAGAUCAAGUUUGGCGCCAAGGGUCGUCAUUGACGUCUUAUUCGUGAACUGACGUCAAUUUUGUCGAUUUUUUUGGAAUACGAAUUUUUUCUUUUUUUUUUUUGUUUCUGUGUUUUUUCGUCAAACUUCGACUUUGUAUAAUCUACUUAAAAAAUUUUUUUUUUGAUUUUACCAAUUUUUUUCCGGGAUUAUUGAUCAAUUUCUGAGUAGCCUGCAAGUAUUCAUUUUUUUCUUUCAUAUCUGUAUUUAUGAAUGAAUCUUAAAGCGGAAUCGCUCCCAAUUUUAAUAAAAUAGGUCUCACAGAAGUUUUUUUGUGAUUGAAAAAAAGGCCAUUUGUUCGAUGGACUUCAAAAAAAUUUUAAAAAAAAGGAAAAAUUAUAAAAAUUUUUUUAAAAAAAUUCUGAUUUUUUUCAGAAGCUUGCUGAGGUCUUCAAAAAUUUUUGAAUAUCUGAAAUAAAUCCAGAUUUAUUGUACGCUUUGAGACUUUUUUCAAGUUUGGCCUUUGCUCCUUUGAAAACUCCAGCAAGCUGUUGUGAAUCAAGUUUUAGCGAGCGAAAAAAUAUCCUAGAACAGUUGGUUCCGCCUUUCAGAAAAGUAAAAACAGGACAUAAUGAAGUGCACAUGUUAGCCAUAAAUCAAAGGCGUUUCUCUGUUUUGCAGGACAUCAUUUCCAAGUGCAAGACGGAUGCGAUCACGCACAUUUGGAUCAACACCAAGCCCGGCGGCCGGAUCCUCGCCCAGACUCGACACCUCCGUCAUGCAGGUUCCUGUUAGCAUUUUGUACUUUUCAUUGAUUUUCGUCGUUAUUCCUAAGAAAUGUAGAGGAGAGUUGAGAAGUAUAAUCAAAAGUUGAAAAAAAAGUGAAAAAAGCUAAAAAGCCUUCUGUCAUGCAGGUACCUGUUUUCAUAUAGUUUUUCAUCCAUUUUCAGCUUUCUAAAAAAAAUUAAAAUUUUUAGACCUUUCAAUGAAAAGCGGCGUGGAUUUCAUGAAAGUCGAUAUUUUUUUACAAAUUUUUUUAUCCGGUCUGAUUGUUUCCAUUCCUUCAAGAAAAUUUCUACUUUGAGAAUUUCUUCAUCGAUAUUAUUUUACCGACUCUUUUUUGAAGGCUUUUCGAAGUUUUUUUGGAGCCUUUUUGAGGUUUAGAACUUCUUGUCUUGAUUCUUUAUCUAUGCUCUUUUUUUUAAAAAUAAUCUCUACAAGUGUUUUUGAAUCGAAAAUUUUUCAUUGAAGGCCGGAAUCGAAUAUUUUUCAGUUCUGAAGCUUCUGUACAAAAUAUUUCAUUUCCUCUGACUCUAAAAGAUUUCAAAGUUCGUAUACCGAAAGUUUUGUAAGGCUAUUAUCUCUCUGUCAAUUGCGCUCUAUCGAAAACUUAUCUUUUUUUGGUAUAUUUAGGAUUUUUUUCUUCUUUGAAUUAAGGCUUUUUUUGUGUUAUUCACCACCCUAGAAUCUUACAGGCCAUAUCAAUUAGGAUAUAAGGUUUAAAAAAAUUGUAAAAUUCAGAUCAAAAAAAGAGAAAAAAAGCUCAUAAAGCCACAUACACAUUCAAUAAACAUGCGGAGAAGUUAUUUGAUCGUUAAAUUUUUUUUUUACGCGAUUCCCACUUUUGAUAUGUUAGCAGGACGUUUCUUUAUCUAUUCAAUAUCAUUGAAUCUCACAGAAUCAACUAAUUACAUCAUCAAAAUUAAUUUUCUUGGUUUCUUGAUCUGUUCAACGCAAUUUUAAGCUUUUUCAAUUCCACACGACCUUUUUCCAGAACUUUCCUAGACUCUUACAGACUGGACCAAUUGGCUUAUUAAAUUACAAAAAUUGGAAAAUUAAGAGUAAAAAAAAGGGAGAAAAAGCCCAUAAACCCACAGAUGCACACACAUUCAGUAGACAUUAGCGGAGCGAAUGAACGAAGGAGAAAAUUGGAUGGGCCGCCGACGUUUUUCAGAUGUUCAUCAAGGGAGUUUGGAAAAAAAAACGGAAUGGAAGGGAAGAAGAAGAAGAAGAAGAAGAAGAAGAAGGAAACUGGCGGUGGUUGCCGAAGAUGGAAAAUGUCGCAAGCGAUUUGCAUGCUCUUUGCCUGUGCCCAAAUCUGCUGCCGUUUUUCUUCCACCCCUUCCAAUCUUCCUUCCUUUUUAAUCCGCCAAAAACUUCUUUUUCUUCUGGCUUGGCUUUUGUCGCGGUUCGAUAGAAUAUCCUCUUACUUUGAGAUGUCUUCUUGAGCCUUUUGUCGACUUUCAAGAAUAAUUAGAAAAACUACUCAGAGAAUCUGUAUUUUAGCAGGCCUUUUUUGACCCUUGUCAUGAUCUUGCAGUGAGAUUUUUUAGCCAUGGUUUUUGCUGGGCCGUCUGCCGUCCUUUUCCGAAUGUUUCUUCCUUUGGCUUGGCUUUUGUCGUGAUAUUUAUUCCGAUGAGAGGACCCCAAGAUGUUCUUAGAUCUGGAACCGAAGUCAUGGUCCGAUUCGGAUCGGAGUAGCUCUUUUUUUAUCUUCCUAUCUUCAGAUAUUCUGAAAAGUACAGUGUUUCGUCUACUUUGUCUUUCUUCACAGUCAAGAACGGAUAUCUAGUUUCUGUGAGGUUUUGAGAUUUUGAGCCGUAGCAAUGGUUCGAUUCUGGUAGUCCCUUUUUUUUCUGUUCAAGAAGUAAGUACAACUCUUAGUCUUUUCUGAAAAAUAGCUUCUCUGACGGUGAGCAACUCUAUUUUUUCUUUUUAUUCGGUUUCUAGAAUAAAUUUUCUUGCCCUUCGGUAUUAGUUUUAGUCGAAACUCUGUUCUCGGAACCUUGAGCACGGCUAAUGUUUUGGGUUCAAUGAGAAGUUGUAGGUCUGAAGAACUGUGAAAGCAUUAUUCUAUCUCACGGUUGGUUUUGACAUUUGAGGAUUUCAAAGGAUCGCAGAGCUCAAUGGAAAACUUUUUUGGAAUAUACAGAAUUUUUGAAAUUGUCGUUAGUUUCCAAAUACUUCUACAGACUUCUGUUGGGCCAGGACGAGGUUACGAUUCUUCUGAAAAUUCUUAGAUUUUUCUGACAGCCUUUUUUUCAAUACUUUUUUUAUGAUUGAAAGAUGGGAAAAGGAUGUAGAAAAAAACUUUCUGGAGUUGUAACUUUCUUUUUCUGAAACUCUAAAAAAAUGAUACUCUCUAAUAGGAAGAAAGACGGGAAGACAUUUCUUUUUUUCUCAAAAAACCGGUUUUCCGAAAUUGAUAGGUCGAUUCUUUUCAGUUCACCUGAAACGCCUGGAAACCCGGUACUUGUCUUGAAAAUUUCCAAACUUGAAGAUUUUUGAUUUCCAGGCGAUCGGAAAUUUUCCAAGCACAUUGGAUUUGGCUUCAGAUUAGAAAGUACACAUAAUUUUCAAGCUGUUUUGAAAAAUUUUUCGAGAAUCCUCACAAGAAGAUCUACAACAAACUCAAAAAUAAGCUAAUCAGAUGGAUAAUUAUUAAAAAAAAAAGCAGCUCAUGAUUUGAAACGAGAAGCCUUUCUCGAACUUUGAAUAUUCUGUGAAAUGACUUUGAAACCAUUUUAUCUCAGAAAAAAAAAAGCUUUUUGGACGAUGGAAUCAUGUUGUUUUUUUUUUCGGGCGAAUUACACCAAAAUGGUCGAAGAGACCAUGUUUGGCGAGGCCUUCUCCAGUGUAAUUUGCUUUCGCCUACAGAUAUUGGGCGCGAUUUCUUUCCUUGCCGUCCCCAUGUCUUUCCAUUCAGUUAUUAGCUCUUGUUUUGGUCUGUAGAAUGAAGAGCGGUCUUCUCAUUGAGCUGAGAUGAUCUGCAAAAAUAUUCAUAUUUUCUUCCGUUUUGACCUUAUUUCUGUUAGAACUUGAACAGUUUCCUGGUUUCAAAGUGGUCUUGCUUCUAAAAAAAUAAACUUUUUUUGAUUUGUAGAAAAAAAUGAAUCAAGACCUUCUCAUUGAGCUGAGCCGACCUGAAAAAAUAAUCAUUUUCUUCCUUUUUGGCCUUUUUUCUGUUAAAAAUUAAACACUGUCCUGGUUUCAAGGUGGUCUUGCUUCAACAAAGGAACUUUUUUUCAAACUAUAGAAUGUAGAGUGGAUCAAGAUCUUCUCAUUGAGCUGGGCUGAACUGAAAUAAUGAUCAUAUUUUUUUCCGUUUUGGCCUUUUUUUCUGUUAAAAAUUGAAUAGUUUCCCGGUCCCCAGUUAGUUCUUGUUUUGAAAGUAAACCUGUUACCGCUUUUAGAAUGGAGAACGGGUCAUGUUCUCCUUGUUGAGCUGAGCUGACCUGGAAAAAUGAUUUUGUUUUAUUCCGCUUUGACCUUUUACUAUUGAAAAUUGAAUAGUUUCCUGGUUUUAAGGUGGCCUUGCUUCUAAAAAUGAACUUUUUUUGGUCUGUAGAAAAAAAGAAUAAAUCAAGAUCUUCUCAUUGAGCUGAGCUGUUCUGGUAAAAUCCGUUUGACCUUCUUUCUGUAGAAAAUUUUACAUAUUCCCAUCAAAUUUCUUUGAUUUUUACUCGAAAAUUGGAUAACACGACCUGAUUUUCUCGUCAAAAGUCAUUAUUUAUGUUAAAAACGGACCUGAAAUUUUAAAAUUCAGUAAAGUUCGUAGUUCAGUUACCGCUGACUCGAAGGUUUUUGACACUAUUAGGAUGGAAAGAGUCUGUUAAAAAGAGGAGAUUUAAAAUAUCUGUCUUUUUUUCGGUUCAAUCUAGCUAUAUUGAUGAAUAAAAAAAGUAUUUAUCCGGUUUUUUGAGCAGUAAUAUUUUAUGGAGUUUAGUUUGAACCUCUCUUCUCAAUAGUCAUUCUUUUUGAUUCUUCGUUGAGUUUCGAAUGAUAUCUUAACUUAAUGGAUCAUCAAACAGCGAUGAAACAACCUUCUUCGCAAACAAAUGAUAACACAGAAGUAUUUUAUUUUUUUUGCGAUUUCCUCCGAGAUGAACUGAUCAAUUUAGUUUCUGAUUUUUGAAGUCUCUCAUGUAAACUAUAUAACCACUCCCAUGAUAUCUUUGAGAAGAAAUGUGGUUUUUGUCUUUCUUUGAUCAAACAAUGGUUUUCGAUGUCACCGCGCGAAAGUCAUUUUAGGUCGGGUGAGACUUAGAAAAGCGCAAAAAGCUGAGACAUUCCAUGUUAAACUAUGAUAAUAACGUUUUAUUUCAUAUGGAAUGGUCUUUAACAAUGUGCAGAUGAAAUUGUUAUAAAACGAUUGAUUUGGUUUUUUCAUCUCAAAAAAGGCUAGUUUUGAUCUAAAGCUCUCAUAUAAGCCCUCGAAGUCACUAUCAAUCUUCAAGGAUAGAAUAUUUGAGAAGAUUUUAGCGACCAGGAAGUUUAAUAUGAGAAGUGAAUUUUUCUUUUUCUUCUUUUAGUUUGAUCAGAAGACCCCAAAAUUAAAUGCUCUUCUCGUUAGUUAAAAGAGCAUAACAAAAAUCAAAGGAACUCCCCGAAAAAUUUCCGUAAAAAGUAGCGUAAAGAUUGAACCUCCCUGCUUACCGCCCACGCUCAAGCUUUCUAGCCACUUGACCACGAAGAUGAUCAUUUUUCUCUUCUUGUUCGUUGACUUGACAUCACUCAAAGCGCGUCUUUAUUUGCACGCCAUUUUUUUUUUUGUUCCCCCGUGUUGUCCGCCCCGAGCAACCUCUACAUCAAAAGGCGGCUAUAAACAAAGAGUCUUUCCUUAUCAGCCCAGAUUUUCAAUUCGCAUGUUCAUGAAGUGUGCAGAAAAAAAGUUUUUGGAGAAAAUCUAAUUUUUUUUUGCCUCUGCCAUCAGAUUAUUCAAAUUCUGUCAAUUGAAUUUUUUGGAAGGAAGAUUGGGAUUUGGUGAGCUUUAGAAUUUAGUCUAGCUUCUGAGAGGCUUAUGAGGUUUGGAAAAAAAGAUUUUUUUAAAUCAUGAAUGCUAUAUUUUUAAUCUGGAAUGUCUUAGAAAAUUAUUUAACACACUUUUUAAUCAUGAUUUUGAUCAAGAAACUGGAGAGUCUAUUGAGAUUUUAUUCGAAAAAAACUUCGGUUUUUUUGAAAGAUUCAAGCUUUUUCUUAUUUUUUUCAAAAUUUUUAAAAAAAUAAAACCGAAAGACAUUCCAAUGCAAAAAAAGGGCUUCAAAUUUCAAAAAAAUUGAUACUGAAUUUUAUCAGAUCCCUUAGAAGAUACUAAAAAGUUUACCUCAUUUCCUAAAGUCACUGAAAAGAGAUAAACAGCUUUUUAGGCCUUCAAUUUAUGAUUUGAUGACUUUCAAGCCUUCUAGCCUUUUUUUGGAGAAAGUUUUGAAUCCUCCGAAUUUCCGAGUACAUUUUGACGUCUUCUCAAAUCGCCUUCUUUUUUUGUGAAUCUUGGUUAAGUCACUGUAAUCUUGGAUGAAGUUCUAAGCUUUCCUUUGUAUUUGCAUGAAAGUAAAGAAAAAUUAGAAGACGUCGUAUCAAAAUCUGUCGAAGCCUUCUUAUCUUGCUAUAAUCUUCUGAACGAAGCGUGGUGAAUCAGAAGUUGAUGUAAAUCUUGCAAGAUCUUCAGUGUCAGUCUUCUAAUUUUCUCUUGGAUUUUGUUUUGGCUUUAGAAGUUUUUCAAUUUGUAAAAGGUCGUCGAGUUGAGGUUCUGAGCUUCUGAAGUCAUCUAAAAAUUUUUAAGUACUUCCAGAAUUCGAAACAGUUUCGUUUAGAGGAUUUGGCGAAGUUGAAAAGUUAUAAAGUUUUCCAAAGCUUGUGAACUUUCUGAGACUUUCUGGAGCUUACACGGCGAAAGAAUUUUCAGAAUUAGGCUAUUUUUGAGAUCAUCUUGGUCUUCAGAAUACUUUUUUUUUCUUUUCCUAGCGUUCACGUCAUUUUUUAACGUCUUCUGGAAGCCAUCGGAACUUCUUUAAAGGCUUCGAAGCUUCUGAAGCCGUCAAAAUUUAGCUGGAGGUCGUCCUAGAGCUUCUCCAGUUUUUUUUCUAUGUUUCAGAAAUUCGCAAGGUCAUGUCUUUGUUCAAAAUGCUUUAAACUAUUUUUGAUUCACCUUCAGAAGCCUCGAAGCUUCUGACUCACCCCAAGAAAUGUUCUGAUGAACGAAAAACCUCUCAAAAUCACCUUCAGAAGCCUUGACGAUCCCUCUCAGAAUCACUUCUCGAAAAAACCAGCUGACGUGAUUUUCACUGAUAUUUUUUUUUCCUGAUUUGACAUGGCCCAAAGACACAUCAUUUCGGACCGACGGCGCGGAAAAUCGGUCUUCUUUUUUGCUGAUUUCUCACGUCAUCUGGCCGCCGAUCCUAUCGAUCGGCACGUCUUCUUAUUCUUGUUCUUCUUCUUGUUUUGCCCCGCAGAAAAGACACACAAACAGUCAGACAGACACAUAAACGCUUAUCACUCUUGUUUCAAUCGUUUCUUUCGAUUUCUCACUCGUUUUCGGCCAAAGUUCCUCUUGGAGUCGAGUUUUAUUUCCUUGGAUAUCAUUAGUUUUUGGUGAGGUUCUGGAGAUUUGAGACAUUUCGGUACGGAACAGAUACGAAAAGUUUUAUUCACACCUUUCUUUCUGAAUUUUUGUGAUGUCUUGGAAGCUUAAGAUGAUCCAAUCUCUCACGGAUGUUUGUUUUCACAAUUGUGGAAAGUUUCAGAAAGAUUGAGCUCGUGAUGUGAUUUUUUUAAUUUUUUAAAAAUUUUCGCGACAUUCUGACACAACUGUAGUCCAAGCAGUUUGUAAAAAAAAAACUUUUUGAAGUUUAUUGGUUUUUAAUCUUUUUGGUUAGUAGCUGGGAGGUUUUGUAGACGAAUUUUCAAGCUUCUUCCUGGAUUUUUCAUUUGAUUAAGCCAAUUUGCUUUUUCUUAUGAUUUUCUUCUUUACAUCUUUCCAUACAGUUCUUCAAAACUUUUUAAAAAGUUGAAUAAGACCCAAAUUACGUCUAUUUUCACGUUGGAAUUUUUUUUUCUUUGUUUUUUUUUCUUAGCCAAGACUUUUUCUUGAUAUUUUCCCAAUUUUACACUCUAAAACUUUACAAAAAUGAUGAAAAAAACAAUGAAAAAUUUAGCUCAAUCGGAAUUUAGUUCUAUUCAUGUACUAGUCGGCUGGAAGAAGCUGGAACAAAGGAAAUUCAAAAUGUUUCAUUACUAAGACUCCCAUCACUUCUUAACAUUGAAUAAUGUGUUUUCGAUGUUUUUUUUUUCAGUAAGAAACUCGAAAACUUCAGUGGAAUUCCAAUUUCAAUGAGUUGUUAGUUUUAUGAAUAUUGUGAACCGUAUUGUUUGUUGGAUUUAUUUUAAAAAUGAAUCUUGCAGAGGACGAUGACCACCCAGUAGAGGACAUCAUGACGAGUCGAACCAACUCCGGGCCUGGCCUUCAACGGCGGCGAGGUAGAGUUUUGAACAAAAAAUGGAAAAAAAAGACUCAUGGGGUUUUUUUUAUCUUUUUGGACUUGAGAGGGUGAUUUUAACAAAACUGACUUUUUUUCAAUUUCAAUUUUUGAAGUCAAGAGAAAUAUGUUUCUUUAAUAAAAAAAUAUUCCAAUUUCUCACAUUUUUACAUUGAAAAUCAAGUUUUUUUGAGAAAAACCUUUUUUUGGUACUUGAAAUGGUAAUUUUUUUGGAAAAAAACGAGGAAAAAUACUUUGAUUUUUUUCUAGUAUUUGGAAGAUUUAGUUUUUAAAAAAAUAGUUUUUCUCCUUUUUUUGGUAGUUUCAGUCUCAAAUUUAUAUGUAAAAAAACCCCUUUUUGAAUUAAAAAAAUCAUAUUUUUUUGAAUAAGUGAAUAGGAAAUUUAGAAGAUACUUGGAAGGUUCAAAAUUUGUUCCCUUCUCGAAAUUUCCUUCCCUACAAAGAAGGCCGUCUUUUUGGUCAUUCCGAACUGCUGAAAAUUGGGAUCAUAAAAAUCUAUCACACCCGUUUUUUGACGGUUUUUUCGAAUGGCAUGGGAAAUUCCUGGAACUUUGGGUCUCACUUGAACUGUUUCAAGAGAAAUUGAACCGGAAAUGAUUCAAUUUUUUAAGUAUUUCAAAAUGACCUACAAAACGUUGAAUUGAGUCUAAAAAGGCUACUGUAACCCUUAAAAAAAAACAGUUCAUGAAGUAGAGCUUUGAAAAAAUUGACAAGCGUAACUUUCACGUGAAAUUACGUCCAAAACGACUACCGUAACCUCAUAAAUAACCUUUGUAUGAAGUAAAGCUAGAAAAAUACGAAAUUUGUAACCGCCACGUUUAUAGCUUUCAUUAAUUUAAAAAAUUUUCAAAAAAUUUGCAAAAUUCGUCCGUCACGUCAAAUUGCGUCUAAAACUACUACAGUAUUCCAUUAAAUUACCCCUCUCAGAGAGUUGAGCUUUGGGAUAUUUAAAAAUGUAUCAUCCUAAGCAAGGUAGAGACCUUAUAAAUCGAAUAGAAGCUUUAAAACUUCAAGGUAAUUUUCUUCAAACCUGAUUAAUCACGCCAAAUUGACUGCCUACAGUAACCUAAAAUUAUGAAAAAUAUUUUUAAAAAUUUUCAUUUCCCGCCAAAAUUCAGCCUCGGCUGCUACACUACGACGCCUCAAAAACAAUUUCCCACCAACUUGACGCGAAAUUGCGUCGCGGAUCACUACCGUAACCUAAUAAAAUGACCAUUUUACGAGCCCUGAAAAGAUCAUUUUCGGGUCCAAAAUUGUUCAAUUUUGGCGCAUCUCCUCGUCGACACUUCCGGUCGUUUUGAACCGACUUGCGCGUCGCGUGAAGACGAGGAGACGGUUAAAUUAAUGGCCCCACGGAUCCGCGGAAAAGUCAAAGUUUCUCAUUGCGCGAGAAAGAAAAAGGAAGAAGAAGAAGAAGAAGAUUGGUCAAAAUGGGCGGGGCUCCGAGAAGAGGUUGUAGAAUGAGAAUCGACCGAAGGGAGUACACAGUGAGACUCGGUUCGGUCAAAAUUCGGCGCCUUCCAAAAUUUUGUGCCUCUUUUUCAAUGCUUCGUUCGACGACGUGGAGGAGAUCAACGACGACGUCAAGAAGGACAUGGGUAGAUCAUUCUUUUUUUUGCUUCCAAAGGGUUACGGUAGGAGUCUUUGUGCAUUUUGAGGCGUCGGUGAGGUUUUAAAAAAAUUUUAAUGUGGCUCGAAAUUUUUUUUUGUAUAUUUUUGGAGUGCUCUCUAGUCAGCUGUGAAUCUGGUUAAUUUUAUUGAUUAUAGGUUUUUUUUUCUAAGGUUACGGUAGGAUUUUUUGUUCAUUUUAGGGUGGUUACGAUGGUCGAAAGGUCCUCAUAUUAUUUAAAUGUGUUCUGAAAUCAUUUUUUUUUUUUUUGAAAUUCCCAUAGUCGGCUGUGAGUCUGUUGGUUUUUUGUAAAUUUUUUUUCUUUGACCAUAAAUUUUUUUUCUUUCUAGGGUUACGGUAGAAGGUUUUUGUGCAUUUUGGAGGGGUUACGAUGGUCGAAAGGUCUUAAAAUUGCUUUGAUUAAGUCUUGAAAUUAUUUUUUUUAUUUUUGAAAUGCCCCUAGUCAGCUGUGAAUCUGGUGGUUAUUUUUUAUUUUUUCUUUCUUUGACCCUUGAAUUUUUUUCAGGGUUAUGGUAGGAUGUUUUUGUGCAUUUUGGAGGGGUUACGAUGGUCGAAAGGUCCUAAAAAACAAUUUAAAUUGCCCUGAGAUUAUUUUAAACUUAUUUUUCAAGUGCCCCGAAUCAACUGUGGAUCUGGUUAUUUUUUUAAUUUUUUGAAAACUUACUGGUUAGAUAUUCUCCAGGGUUACGGUAGAAGGUUUUUGUGCAUUUGAGCCUCUUUGAAGUUUUCACAAGUCUAUCAACUCUCCAGAUUUUCAGCUUUUCUUAAAAAGUUACAAUUUCAAAGGGUUACUUUAGGAGACUUUUGUGCAGUUCUUCAGAAAUCUAGAGCGUUUUCAAGCUUCCUAUGGGGGAUCCAUUUUUUCGAAUAUUCAAAUAUUAUGGCGGCUAGGAGAUAUGCUGAUAUUUGGAAAAUUCCUUAUUUGAUCUCCAGUUUAUGAAUUCUCGAACGGGUUUGUUGAUAUUUCCAACAAGAUAAGGGCGCUGAAUCACCACCAUUUCUCGGUUUUAAUUAAUCAUUUUUCAUAAUAUUGGACAUUUCUAGGUGCAAUCAAGCAUGCGCGAGUACACGAGAUCCGCGGCCAUCAGUUCGUCGCCACCUUCUUCCGCCAAUUCCACUUUUGCUCCCUCUGCUCCGAUUUCAUGUGGUUGGUUUUUGAGGUUAUUGUCUUUUUGUUAGAUUUCAGGUCUUUUGAAUACUUUAUUUAUGAAAAACAAUAGAUAAAUCAAUGAAGAGCUUUGAGAAGGAGAUUAGAAAAUUGAGCCUAAAAUUAUUCGGAAUGUGUGCCCUAUGGAUAAAUGAUGAUUUUCAUAUUUUUAAGCUCUUUUUGAGUUUUAUUCGUAGCUCCAGAGUCUUGAAAUGAACCUAAGCUCCAAAAACUGGUUUUCUAAAGGGAAUUUUUCGAAAAGGAACUUAGAAAGUUGAGCCAAAAAGGUCCCCGAAAGAGCGCUCUACGGAUAACUGAGUAUUUUCAUGUUGGAUGAGUUAACUAUCAAGGUUCGCAGUUCAUUUUGUAGCUUAAGAGCCUAAAUAUCCAUUUAUCAGGAAAAAUGAGCUGAAUGAUGGCUGUGAAACUUCUCGGAGCUCGGUAACGCGAACCCGACACGCCUCGAAAUUUUCUAAGUACUCUAGGGGCCCCUUUAGCGGCGUUAACACUCUUAAAUGACCACUUGAAAUGCUCAGAAACUUUCGGAGCGCGUCCGGUUUACAUAAGAGAAAAUAGAGCCAAAAAAAACCAUAAUUCUGAAUAUGCGCUCUAUCGAUGAUUUUGGUUGAAUGGCUUGAUUUUCGCAUCUCUUUUGUUAGGAAACUUGUGAAAAUUGCUUUCUUAGGGGCCUCAACAAGCAAGGCUACCAAUGCCAGCUCUGCUCGGCGGCCGUCCACAAGAAAUGCCACGACAAGGUGAUCAUGCAGUGUCCCGGCUCGGCCAAAAACACCAAGGAGACCAUUGUGAGUUUGGGGAGACGAAGAGGAACUUUUUCCUGUGAGAAACUAUAAUUUUACUGUCAUUUAGCCAGAUGGUGUUUUGUGGUAUGAUAUAGGGGCUCUUGAGGGUUCCCUCUAGGGACAACUCAAGUACCAUGGAAAACUUUAGAACAGCCAAAAUUAAAAUUAAAGGAAUAAAAUUUUGAGCCGAAGAUAGGUCCCGCACGGAAAAGUGUGCGAUAGAGCGCAGAAGCCUAAAUUGUUUGUAUAUUUACAUUUUUUAUAAGAAGUAUCCGACUGAAAAUGAAGUUCUUAUGAUGAAUAUUUUGUGAUUUCUCACACCCAUAGUUAUCUUUUUCAUUAAUGUAACAUUAAGAAAGAACCAAAAAUAAAUCUGAAAGUUGAAAGAAUCUUACCCUGACUUUUAAUAGACUUUUUUCCUAUUUUUACUGAUUUUCAAGGCCACAGGCGAAUCGGAAGGGUACCAAAAUGUGUCCACAAAGAUACCUCUCAAAAUGGAUCAUGAAGACUUCUUAAUGUCUAUCGUGAGACCUCCGGCAUACCUUUUAGUUAUAUCUGAGCCAUCUCGGUGGUAAUUCAGAGUCUCCCUCAAGUCUAUAUAAUGUUGCUCAAAAUCCUCAGAGGUAUCCUCGUGGUACCAUCGUGAGACUUUAGACCCUUCAAUAUACCUCAGUGGGUAUCGCGGUACCCUUUUUCGAUUCGCCUAUGGCUUGACAUCUCAAUAUCUUUCCGCGUCAGAUUUUUUUAACUUGACUAAAAAUCGAUUUUCAGGCCCUGAAAGAACGGUUCAAAGUGGAUAUCCCACAUCGGUUCAAAGUCUACAACUUCAAAAGCCCAACCUUCUGCGAUCAUUGCGGAUCGAUGCUCUAUGGCCUUUUCAAGCAAGGGUUGAAGUGUGAAGGUUUAUCGAUUUUCCUUCUGUUUUCGCCAAGAGCCCUCCCAUAAUCAAUUUUUGAACACUUGAACUAUUAUAAAUAUAAAUAGGUAUUUUUUCAGUUUGUGGGGUCGCCUGCCAUCACAAAUGCGAGAAGCUCAUGUCGAAUUUGUGUGGAGUCAACCAGAAGCAAUUGUCGGAGAUGUACCACGAGAUCAAGCGGGGAACUCAUGCCACGAGCAGGUAAUCGAGCAAAAACCCUUUGGGGGAUCGAACCUGUGACCUUGUGGACCGUAGACAGGCGCUCAACCUGUUGAGCUACGGCGCAGUUAAUUUUGAAGGAAGAUGAGGAAAUUGGAUGAAUGGAAAAUGAAACCCCGAUUCUUCUGCUUUUAAAUUUUAACCCCGGACUUUUAAAUUUGAAUAAGGUCCGUCUUUUUCGACUUAAGAAGCUGGAGAUAAUGUCGUUCAGAAAAUUAUAAGAAUCAGAGUUAAAAAUUGAUUUAUUUCAGUUGUCCACCCAACGUCGCCAACCUGCACAUCAGCAACGGCGAGGCGAAAACGCCGACGAACGGAAUUUUGCCGAACAAAUUGAAAAACUUCUUCCGCACUCAACAGUACAGCGUCGAGAACCAAUCCGAGCAUGAAGAGUUGGUUUUUUCUAUUAUUUGGGAGAGUGGAGAGGGCAGAGAACCCUUAAGGGAGCUCUUAGGUGCUCAAAAAUGAAAGGAAAGGUUUUUGAUCAGUUCUUGAACAGAACGAACAUUGGGUUUAGUUGGAAAUUGUAUAUCAGAGGUAGAGAGCUCAGAAGAUCCUUAAGGGAACUCUUGAGCGCUCCAAUAAAUGAUCGGGCAUAUUUUUAAUGAAUUCAAGAAUUAUUAAAAAAAUUGGUUUUUUAGGCAAUAAUAUAUCAGAAGCGGAGAGCGCAGAAAUCCCUCAAGGGAUCAUUUAGGUGCCUCCAUGAAUAAUCGCAAGUAUUUUUAAUCAAUUCUUGAACAGAGCAAAGAUUGGGUUUAGUUGGAAAUAGUAUAUGAGAAAUAGAAAGCUGAGAGGACCCUUAAGGGAACUCUUGAGCCCUCUAAUAAGUAAUCGAGAAUAUUUUUAACGAAUUCUUGAAAUUUUAAAUACUCUGGUUUGAAGGACAUAAUAUAUCAGUAGCAAAGAGGGCAGAGAUCCCUUGAGGGAACACUCAAGGGCAUUUUAAAAUAAUAAAAAGUAUUUUUAGUUGCUUUUUUUCAUUGAAAAUCACGGUAAAAAUUGAAUCCCAUUAGGUAUUGCUUAUCAGAAAAAAAGAUGCUUAAGUGAACCCUUACGAGAUUCAUUAAUUAAUAUGGAACAUCUUUAAAAAGCUCCCUAUUGAAAAAUUCAUAUCCAAGUUCAAAUUUUAUUGGAAUCUCUUCUUGUUUUUCUCGAAUUCCUAAUCCCAUAAUUUCCACGAAAACGUUUUUUUUUCUUCAAGACAAUAAAAAAAAAAUAAUAUGGCUCUGAUUGGCCGUUAUAUUGCGCUCUAUUGAAAUAUGGCUUUUUUGUGGAAUUUCCCGAUAAAUGGGAUUUUUUUUUCUAGUAAUAGUGGAUUUUUUUGAGGUCUAGACUUUUGAGGAUUUUUCAUAGAUCUAUUUUUUUCAGUUGGGCUCUUUUUUUCCUUGUCAGUUGCGCUCUAUCGAGAAUACCUCUCAACAAUAUUCUAAGAGGAAGAAAGCUUUCUCACUGAUUUUCAUGUUCAGAGUGAAAUUUAUUUCGGAAAGAUUUGAAAAAAAGGGCAAAUGAAUCAUUUUGCCCUUGUCACGGUCCCCUGCUUUUUUCAAUUUCCUUUCCAAAAUGGGAAUAAAUUCUCCAAAAAAAGAUCGAAAAUCAUGGGCUCUACUAUUAAAGGACCUUUCUUAUAGCUUUUCCUGUUUACUUUCCUCUUGAAUUUGGCUGCGCAUCAACUUGAACUUUCACAAAUGAAUAAAUUUUUUCCUUGAUUAGAGUGCUACUUGACUAGCUUUCGGCCCAUUUCUCUCUAUUUUUUUUUCAAUUUCGACAAGAUUAAAUAAAAUUGGCUGCGCAUCAACUCGAAAAUUUUUUAUCAAUUGUUUUUUCCAAGAAAUCAAACCGAUUUCGCUGCGCAUCAACUUGAACUUUUCCCAAGCCAAAAAAAUUAUGUUUUUAGAUAUCGUAUUUUUUUUUCGAAUCUCUUAAUUUCCGGCCUUAUUUCCUGUGCAUCAGGGUCAUUUGGCUAGCAUUCCUUAAAAUUCAGAAUAAUUUAGCUGCGCAUCAACUUGAAUAUUUUGUUUAACCAGAAUAUUUCUGUUUGCUUGAAGGAUCAUUGGCCAGGUUUCCUGAUUUUUUUUUAUUUUUCAAAAGCGAAUAUCUUCAAAUUGACUGCGCAUCAACUCGAAAAACAGGACAAUUACCAGUAAUAGGAGCUGUUGAACUUGUGCCAAACUUUAUUUCUUGCCUAAUUUGGCUGCGCAUCAACUUGAAAUCCUGCCGAGACAUGACAAUUUUCUAAAUUGAUCUGUUGAAAAUGUUCCCCUUUUUAUCCCAAAUUUGGCUGCGCAUCAACUAAAGCUUUUUGCAGAUACAUGAACAGCUUGUGGGCCGGCGGCGACAAUGUCAAGAAAUUCGGCCUUCAUCAUUUCAAUUUGCUCAAAGUUCUCGGAAAGGGGUCCUUUGGAAAGGUAUAAUGAGAAAUUUUAUCAAAAAUUAAUGAUUAUAAAAUUUUCCAGGUCAUGUUGGUGGAGCUGAAGGCGAAAAGCGAGUUCUAUGCGAUGAAAUGCCUGAAAAAGGACGUGAUCCUGGAGGACGACGACACGGAGUGCACUUACAUCGAAAGACGGGUCCUGAUCCUCGCCAGCCAGUGUCCCUUCCUCUGCCAACUCUUCUGCUCCUUCCAGACUAAUGUAAUGAUUUUUGAAUAGUUUUAAGACAAAAAAUCAUAGAAAAGUUGGAAUUUGUCAUGAAAAAAGUGUGCAAAAAUGUCUGUAAAUGCCGACGAAAAGGCACCGAAAUGGUAGCGCUAACUUGGUUCGCCCCAAAUUUAAAGGUUCGAGUUGCUCUCCUGUUGGCCAGGGGCUCCAACGGGUGACCCCGUUUUUUAAGUUUGAGUCCCAGUCUGGAUGAAACGGGGGAAAAACGGGUGCAAGAGUUAACUUUAUUCGCUCCAAAAACAACGGUUCGAGUUGCUCUCCUGCUGGCAAGAUGUUUCAACGGGCGUACCCGCAAACUGAGCUCAAGUCUCAGUUGGGCUAAAACGGGUGAAAAACGGGCGCGAAAAGAAACAGGUGACCCAGCUGUGUUUAUUUCAAAAAACUGACCAACUGUGCUAAAACGGACCCUCAUUUGUGAUAGAAAUGCCAAAAGUUCUACCAGCUGUUUUCAUACGGGCUUGAUUCGGGCACAUCCUAUGAGAACCCGUGCUAGCAUUGCUGGACUACCCUCAUAAGCAUGAGAGAGCACUUUGAUUUUGACUUGUUAGCAGCUUGCGCGUAAGUCGCUUCGGGUCGAGCGCGUGAAUCCUUGAGUCUAUGCGAUUACUUUUGUUCCGAUUUCACUAGUAGUUGCAUAAAAAUGAGUCACAAAACUCUGGCAAAUUUAAAAAAAAAACGUUUGCCCUUGGACAUUGGUAACGUGAACUGGACCCGACUCAAUCGGGGCAUUUCUAGUGACCACUUUAGUAGCGUCAGCCCUCUUAAGCGAUCCCUAGAAUCGCCCAGAAACGUCCAGACCGCGUCCGGCUUUCGUUACCAAGGUCCGAGUCGGUUAAGAAAAUGAAAGACAAUUAAAUUUUAGUGAUCCAUGGAUCGCACUUUCAUGCCAAAAAUCGCUUCUUUUUUUUUAUUUAGCGCGAGUCCAUGUUUUUUUUCUGGUUUUUCUAAACUUUUUGAGAAAUCGUUUGAUUCUGUACUUUUUAGGAAACUUGAAAAACCUUUCUAGGUCAAAAAGAACCUUCAAAAAAGCCAAAAGUCGUUGCCAAUUCAAAUGGCGUUCCGAUUGGCCAACAUGAAAUAAAAACUGAACGUUUUUCUUUAUCGGUUAGUUUUAUUUGAGGACGAGAAAAACCGGUCUUUUCUCACCUCAAUUGUAGUUUUCGGGACUGUUAAAACGUGCGUAAAAAGAAGUGAUCUUUCGCUUUUUUUCAUUUUUCGAGAACAAAAAAGUUUGUCGGACACGUGACUCUGUGAUACAUUGGAUGAUUUCAUUAGGGUAGAAUUUUUUCUGGGUGUUUGAAUCGGAGUUGGACGAAUUAGAGUGGAGGAAUUCGGGCUACAAGGCAGAAGAAAAACGAAAAAGAGUUUUUUCUCAAAAAAAAUUUUUGGAAAGAAAAUUUUCCCUCAUUUUUGAUUUCCAAAUCUGAACAAAAAGUUAACAAGCCCCUAUAGGGACAACUUAAGCUUUAGGGACUUAGAAGUUAAGCCCUUAACCUCUAUAGGGACCUCCUACAUUUCCCUUUUUUAUCUUCAAAAUCGUAACAAAAGUUAAAGUACCACUAUAUGGACCACUUGAGGCUUAUGGGACAGGGGUUAACUAAUUUCUAGCCCUAUAGGGAGCACUACUUUGUCGCCUAUAGCGUUUUUUUUUCCGUAGCCCUCUAGGGACCACUCUGGCCUUAUUAAGAGUUUUAAAAGGGGGGGGGGGGUUUGUCUCGAAAACUGGGACGACCUGUAACGGCCCAGAUAGGCCGAGAAAAAAAGCAAAACAAGAAACUUGACGAUAAAAAUGAUCAUCUGAUCUUUUGCAGGAAUACCUAUUCUUCGUGAUGGAGUACCUCAACGGCGGAGACCUGAUGCAUCACAUCCAGCAGGUCAAAAAGUUCGACGAGACUCGGACCCGAUUCUACGCCUGCGAGAUCGUCGUCGCCUUGCAGUUCCUCCACGCCAACAAUAUUAUUUAUCGGUUUUCCUAGAGCUCCUCUCCAAAGUUUCAACUUGUUCCAUACAGAGAUCUGAAGUUGGACAACGUUUUAUUGGACUCGGAGGGCCACAUAAAGUUGGCCGAUUUCGGUAUGGCCAAGACGGAGAUGAACAGGGAGAACGGCAUGGCCAGCACGUUCUGCGGAACGCCUGAUUAUAUCAGUCCUGAGGUGAUUUUUGAUCGGAAUAAUUGAUAAUUUUAUGAUUUGUUCAGAUUAUCAAGGGACAAUUGUACAAUGAAGCUGUUGAUUUCUGGUCUUUCGGAGUUUUGGUGAGUUUUUUAGAUAUUUAAAAAAAUUAAAAAGCAAAACGGGAUUUCUUUUUUUGAGGUUUUAAAUAUUCAUUCUGUUCGAAAAUUAGGAACUUUUAAAAGUUUGAACCUCGACUUUGGAAUUCAUGAAAAUGAAAAAUGGAAGCGGUGCGGUGCGGUCGCGUUGCGGUUGGGAGAAUUGGAAAAAAAAAGCUUGUGAGCUUGAGAAAAUCAUUUUUUUAAGUACUUAUUGACUUGAAUAAUUGUUUAAAAAAAUCAAUUUUCAAGUUUUUUUGAGAAAUUUUUUUUCUUCUGAAUCUUGCAACUGUAAAAUCUGCUUCUCAAAUUCAUGAAAAAAAGAAAAUUUUGAGGAUUUUUUUGGAGGGGUCCAUACAGGGGUUUGUGAUUUUAGGAGACCCUAAACAGGGCGAUUUGAUGGUCCCUAUAGAGGCACCUUAAGGGUUCCUGAUUGGGACUCUUUAUAACUAUUAACAGAGGCUUUUUAUCAAAUCCCCUAUAGCGACCACUCCAAUGUUUCUCAGCAUGAUUGAAAUUUUUCUCGUUCUUCGGUUGAAAUUUAUAAAAAGCCAGUUUUUUUUCCUCAAUUUUUCAAAAUUCUUUGAUUUUAGAUGUACGAGAUGCUCGUCGGACAGUCGCCAUUCCACGGCGAAGGCGAAGACGAACUCUUCGACUCGAUUCUCAACGAACGGCCAUACUUCCCCAAGACCAUCUCCAAAGAGGCGGCCAAGUGCCUCAGCGCGGUAAUUCAAUACAAAAUCGGUCUGAAAUAAAUGAAGGAAAAUUCCAGUUAUUCGACCGGAACCCGAACACCCGACUGGGCAUGCCCGAGUGUCCCGAUGGGCCGAUUCGGCAGCACUGCUUCUUCCGCGGCGUCGACUGGAAACGAUUCGAGGCCCGCCAAGUCCCGGCGCCGUUCAAACCUAACAUUGUGAGUUUUCGGGAAAUAUGCUUUGAGAAAUUAGAAUUUUUUGUCAUUGAUUAGAGACGUAUUGACGAAAAAUGGUGGUGAGAAACAUGGAAAAAUGGGAAGAGCCUAAAAAAGCAACUGGCACGUGGUUUACAUCUUACUUACUUACUUAGAUACUUAGAUGGUCCAUCUUCGCUUUCGACCUUUUAUUGCCUUUUAGUGCCUUUUAUUGAUCGAAGCGUGAACCACACGUUUUCCAGGAGAUCUUAUGCAAUCGGUCAUCCAGUGUUGUCGUCCUGGUUGACUGGUAUUCUUGCGAAAAAAAUCCAUCCGUGGUGUUGAACGUGUUAUAGCAUAAUUGUGGUCUUAUUAUCCUUUUUGCCUUGCCAGGGCUAAAAAAGACCGCCCAUUCUGUUAGCAGAAGCAAGCCGAAUUGCGUGACCGGUGUACCGUUAGCCGCCAUAAAUGGCGUUGCCUCCCCAUCACCGCGUAGAGGUGGUACUUGAAGGAGGUUUACAUCUAGUACUACAAACAGCGAAUGUAUCCCUGAAAGACCGGAUUUUUCUAAAAACCCAUUUAAAGUGAGAAAAAAAAUGGGCGGAGCUACGGUUUCGGAUAGAAUUUUCAGUGGAAAAAGUCUAAAUUUUUUUCUCUUCAAUAAAUUUUUCAGCUUCAGACUCAAUCAGAAAUGUGUAUUUUUCUUUGAAAAGCCUUAAGCUAGCGCAGAAGUAACCAGAAAAGCGCUUUUUUGGCCUUUCAAGAUGAUUUUUCAGAUUUUUUAUCUUUUAGUAGCCCUUCCUGAACCUCGAAACAACAAUUGAAACAUAAAAGAAGCCUAAACAAUCGAAUUUUCUUGCAGAAAUCCUCCUCCGACGCGUCGAACUUCGACGAAGACUUCACCAACGAGAAAGCGGCCCUGACGCCGGUCCACGACAAGAAUCUGUUGGCCUCGAUCGACCCGGAGGCCUUCCUCAACUUUUCCUACACCAAUCCUCAUUAUCUACGUUGA